CUCAGUGCCUUCACUCCCCUCCACCACCAACCUAAUCCUCGUCCGCUCUGAACACACAUGUCUGACCUCGAAGCUGAUCUCUAUGGCGACCUAUACGGCAACGACGACAACGAGUACGGUGGCCCCGCUGACGAAGCAGUCGAAGUCCCCAGCCAAUCAGAACCGGCGGUCAAGACAGAGGUCAAAACAACUCCCGUCCCCGCUGCCUCCAAGCCCAACCUCGCCGCCCCCCACGACACCCCCGUUACUCAAGCCCGCCCCGUUCCUGCUGCUCAGCCAAUAGCAUCGUAUGCCCCCGUUACGCAAUCAAUUCCUACCUACGAACAGCCUCAAAACGAGUACCGUGGCUCGACCAACGGUGCGGACUAUCAAAAUGCGGGCGAACGCAGCGUCCGCCCUUCCGAAAUGAAAGAUGAAGGCAAGAUGUUCAUCGGUGGGCUCAACUGGGACACGACAGACGAGGGACUGCGCACGUACUUCUCCCAAUUCGGGAAAGUCGACGCAUGCACGAUUAUGCGAGAUGCUGCAGGACGCUCGCGGUGCUUUGCCUUUUUAACCUUCGAAGACGCGGCGAGUGUGAAUGCUGUGAUGGCCAGGGAGCACGUCCUGGACGGAAAAAUCAUCGACCCGAAGCGUGCGAUUCCUCGCCAGGAGCACCAGCGUGCCACCAAGCUCUUCAUCGGCGGACUUGCCGGUAGUGUCACGUCCGAGUCCAUGCGCGAGUUCUUCUCGCAGUUCGGCAAAGUCAUCGACUCGACGGUGAUGCUUGACCGAGAGACCGGCCGCAGCAAGGGUUUCGGUUUCAUUUCGUUCGAGGACACCAACGUGCAGCCUUUCUUGGGCUUUGGUAAUCUUGAAAUUGACGGCAAACUGAUCGACGUUAAACUUGCCCAGCCACGGUACCAGCGCGACAACUACCCCAACGAAGAUGGGGACCAGUCCGGAGGCAACUUCCAAGGCGGAGGUGGCAACUUCGGCGGCCAGGGCAACUUCGCAGCCGGCGGUGGCGGCGGGAACGCAUCAUUUGACCCGCAGGCCCUGGCCACGCUCUACACGCGGAUGUUCCAGAUGGCGAACGGACAGAUGAACCCUGCGAUGAUGGGCAUGGGCGGCGGGAUGGGGAUGGGCAUGAUGGGUGGAAUGGGCAUGGGCAUGGGGAGAGGAAUGGGCAUGCCCGGUGCUGGUAUGGGCGGAAUGGGCGGAAUGGGCCGGGGGAUGGCCCAGAACAAUAAUGCUUCUUUGGGGCCGAAUGUGCCUCGUGGGCCGCGCGCGGGGAGUGCGGCCGCACCGCCCGGCGGUCCCGCUGCCAUGGGCAAUCCUGGUGUUGGCCCGCAGCGGGUCGGACAACGUGGCCAGCACAACUACCAUCCCUACGCGCGGUAAUUAAGGAUGGCUGAUCUGCGCACUGUACUUCCUACCUUAUCAAAAUGUCUGUCGCCUGCUGGUUUCGAAACACUGUAUUACUUUAAUCGUACUUAUAAACAAUGAAAUCCAUCCCUCAUUGCCUGAUCAAAGUACAUUCGAGCAUCCUCAUACUUAUUUUUGUGACCAAGUUUGGCAAGCCGCACUGGUAGCGUUCGCGAUGCCAUAAUCACGGAUCCGGGCUUCCACAGAUCAUCACUUAUAUCUCAUGCCAAUAACGGGCAGCAUCUACGAGACUGCUGGAGACGAUGCUCCCUACUUCCGAUCACUGGAGGAACUCGACAGCUGGGCUCAGAGACCCCAUCCACCACUCGAUGGUGUGCUGAAGUUCACUGCUCGCAUGCCUUCCGAGGCGCCCAACGCAUCAGGAAAGCUGCUGGUGUGCCACGACUACAAGGGAGGAUACACAGAAAGUCCGUUCUCGCUCGGAUACUCGUUCAACUUCUGGUGGAUGGCAGACAUCUUCAUCUACUUCUCGCAUCAUCGUGUCACGAUUCCUCCUCCCGGGUGGAUCACUGCUGCACAUCGACAAGGGGUCAAAAUGCUCGGAACAUUGAUCUUUGAGGGAGGAAGUGAGAAUGACUGCCUCCGACUGCUCGUUGGCCAGCUACCGCAAUCGAAGACGGGCCCAGCUCUCCAAUCGACCGAGUUUCGUUCUUUACCGCUUUCUCCGCACUACGCGCGACUACUCGCUCAGCUUGCUCAACAGCGUGGUUUCGACGGAUACCUGCUGAACUUUGAGUGUCCCUUAGCGGGAGGGAUGGAACAGACGCGAGGGGUUGCCGCCUGGAUCGCACUCUUGAGAGAAGAGUUGAGGGACCGGGUCGGGUCGCAUUCUGAAGUCAUCUGGUAUGAUAGCGUGGUUGUUACUGGUCAGCUCGCUUGGCAAGACAGACUGAAUGCCUUCAAUCUCCCGUUUUUCCUGCCUUCAACUGGGUUUUUCACGAAUUACACCUGGCCCCCAAGCUACACCGCAAGAACCACGGAAUACCUGCUGUCCACGUCCAAGCCGCUGCGGGACGUGUUUGUCGGUAUCGACGUGUUUGGGCGUGGAUCUCACGGCGGCGGUGGUUUCGGCAUCUACAAAGCACUCGAGCACAUCGCACCCCUGAGCACCGCGAUAUUUGGCCAGGGCUGGACGUGGGAAAACACACAAGAUGACGCGGGGUUCACUUGGGAAGGCUGGUUCGGCGACGAUCGGCGACUCUGGACUGGUCUGCGACCUGGCGAGCAGGUCCCGGUCCCUCCGGUGAAACCCAAUCGGCCUGGAGAACCGGCCUGCAGUCAUGGCGACUUCCUACCUGUGAAGUCGUUCUUCGCCCAUCACCCAUCAAGUGUGCCCUUCCACACUACUUUCUGUCCGGGUGUCGGUCGUGGGUGGUGGGUCAAUGGCGUACGAGUGUUCGAACGAAUGGAGGGCUGGACGGACCUCGAUAAGCAGACGAGUGUCGGCAAUCUGGUCUGGCCAUACCCGGUGCCAGAAUGGGAAGAUGGUGAAUGCGACAUCGCUCUACCGUCGGUGGUAUCGGAGAUAACAUUGGACGAUGCCUGGAACGGUGGCAGCUCGCUCAGGCUCCAUGUCCAGGCGCCCAAGGGAGAUUCAGCGGAGCCAGCCUUUCGAAGCAUCCGGAUCCCCGUGCACUCGGUCAUCCUCGACUCAUCGGAAGUACAUGAAGCCAGUGUAUGGUACAAGCUCGAACGCGAGGAUCCGAACGUCGAUCUUGAUAUUGCGCUUUCUUUCAAGGGCGUCGAUGUCACGACUGCCGAAACAACAGCAUCGCUGCCCGGUGGCUGGACCAGGCUCUGUGUUCGGAUAGAAGCCGGAACAGCGUCUGUUUCAGAAGCGGGGCUGCUCAUCUCCAUCGUCUCGGAGGAUGCCUCCAAACCACUCGACUUUUCGCUUCUCCUGGGGCAACUGGAUGUCGCGCGGGCCAAAUGCCACCAGCCCAGUCUCAUCUGGGCCGACUUCUCUGGGACUGGGCUCGAUGGAACCCUCACGUGGGAGACGGCAGUGACGUUUGCACCUCUAUCGGGACUCACCCUCACGGGGCCAGAGGACCCCAACCCAGCUUGGCCGACAUUCGACGAUGCUGUUCUGCCCGCUUUCCUCUACUUCAACAUCCUUGCGCAGUACCGCGCCAGUGCCCAAGCUGCGAGGCAGCCGAGUGACGCAAGCUGGAUUGGCACGUCGGGAUAUGCUGGUCGCGCUCGAACGUUUGAGGUAGCGGCUGCGAACCUGCCGUUUGACCGUCCAGCCGGGGGCAUCGUCACGUUUUAUGUGCAAGGUGUAACGGAUCGGGGAGAGGUGUUGGGCUGGGAUCGUUCUGUUUUCGUUGAUGUAGCCUGUUGAGCAUACUGUGACUAGUUGAUCUCAUUUUCCUUGCUUUUGUUUGGAAGCCGUGUACCAGACAUCUCUAAAGACCGCUCUUAUGUAUCAGCUGAGAUGUGGUCUUUCUGGACGCUAUUUCUGGGUCCAGUGCUACUGCGGCGCAAGUUCCAAAACG